GAAUUGAAUUCCAAAAAGCUGUGUCUCUGUUUUGAAACGAAGUCAGUGUUUCUGAAACGAAGUGAAAAUUGAAAAGACACAAUUGAACAUCCUUUAAUACUUUACGUACGCGUCCCUGUUUCUUCUUCUUCUUCUUCCUCCUCCUUAGCCGUCCCUGUUUCUUCACCACUGCUUCAACUUAUCCGCCGGCAAAGUACACGUGUCUUCCUUUCUUCACUCUUUCUAGUUCAACCAUUUCUCAACAUGGUUUCUUAACUAAGAUGAAAUACUAAGACCGGACACAUCGGUAAUUAGGUUUGACAGAAAGUGAAUGGAUCACGCGGGUCUUCUUGUUCUUAUUUUGGUCUCUUUGUCAUUAAGAUGUGAAUCAUGGGGUUGGUUUUCAUCGUCUAAAGAGAAACACUAUAGUGAGAGGUCUUAUGGAAAUCAAGCAAAUUUUCGAGGUUCUAGUGCUGAAUUCUCAAUAGAGGCUUUCAAUGAUCCUAAGGGAAUGAAGCUAUUAGAGAAUGCUAAGAAUAAAAUGGUUGGCUCAAAUACUUGUUGGCAGAAUGCUUAUCAACAUCUUUUUACAGGCUGUUCUGAGAUUUUGGCUGUUGAUGACAAAAGGUCUAGAUUAGCUUGGCAUCUGAGUGAUUGCUUUCAGAGGGACUCUGGUAGAGUUUCAUUUCCCCACUGUGACUCAAAAACAUCCAUUGCUACAUGCCUAAAAAGUUUAGAUAGCGUUGCUCAUAGCGUUUAUCUUGAAUUCUACCUUGAAACUAACUCCAUCUGUUACCAAUUACAGACACAUGCAUUCAAACAUGAAACGGAGAGACUUGUGACCGAACUGAAAAGUUCUGCUCAGUAUGUUGAGGACAAGUUAGAAAGUAUUGAAGAGAAAUCAGAACAUCUAUUACAAGGCUCAAAAGAGAUUUCUGAUUCUCUUGAAUAUGUUAAUAAUAAUGCGCACCUAGUAGGUCAAACGGUUAAGAAUGUACAAGGUCAUAUUGAUGUGGUAUUAAGGCAUUCAGAAAGUGUUUACGAGCAAACUAAAAACAUUGCAAUAUCACAAUCACAACUACAAGAAGGACAAGAGCAACUGGGGAGGAACUUAGAAGACGGGGUAGCACUGCUCAAGGAUUCUUAUAGUAAUUUGGGCAAAGAAAUAGAAAAGUUAAGAGACGAAGCCAUUGAAAUUGAGAAUGAGGUAAUCAAAGUUGGAGAUGCUAUGUCAUCAAAGAUGAACACUCUGCAAAGCAAAGCGGAAGAUAUUGAGAAUAUGGCAGGGAUUUCCUUGGAUAAACAACGACAACUUUUAGAUGGACAAUCCACAGCACUCCGGGGCCUAAAUUCAUUGAAUGAGGUUCAACUCAAGGCUUUAGAGGAAAGCAGAAAAAGCCUACAAUAUUUUGCUGAAUACGGACAUAGGCAACAAGAAGAGCUUCUACGGAGGCAGGAACAAAUACAAGGGCUUCACAAUCGGUUAAUGGAAAAUUCAAAAACUAUACUGUAUGCUCAGGAAUCUUUUGAAGAAAAGCAAGCUACCAUGUUCAUUGUUUUGGAUAAAAUCUUUGCUUUGCAAAAUGCCAUGUUGCUUGAAUCAAGAGUUAUUAAAGCUUUCUUCAUCUAUGCAAUUUCAAUCUUUGUCAUCUAUAUGUUGACUAGCACAAAGCAAACUUACAAUGUUAGGCCAUUACUUUACCUUGAGCUUUGUGCUGCUCUCUUUGUGGAAGUAUUCAUUAUUCGUUUAAGUAACGACAAUAUGGAGCAACAAACAUGGAUAAUAAACAAAGUCCGAUUAUUUUUCAUGGUAUCUGCUUCAGCUCAACUUUUAUAUGCAAUUUGCACAUACAAGGACUAUGAAAGAAUGAACCAUCAAAUAUUACUAACACUGGUCAAUAAGAUUAGCACCAUGCAAAAAAUAAAGGAGUGUUCUUGGGACUUGGAUACGGAUGAUCAUGUGGAUGAUUGGUCUCAAUGGAUAGAUACUGAUUUACCUGAUGAUGUGAACUGUGUUGAUGAUCCUGACUAUAUAAUUCCAGAAGAAGUUGCAGAGAAUUCAAUCUCUACCUCUAUAACUACAAAAAAUUACAAUCUACGCUUGCGCAAUCGUUUGCAUUGAUUCUUCCCAAAACAACAAAUAAACACACUGCUAUUUUGUAGCAAUUAAAACUUUGAAGACAUCCAUCUAUGUACAACACUUUAUUUACCUGAUGGAUGUGAACUAUUAAUUUGACAGUAGUUGAAAAUUGGUAUACCAAAAAGGUAGAUAACAUUUUGAUAGAAACCGGUACCGGCUCUCAACAGAAUAAUGAAGAUAGUACAAAAUAAAUAUUAGGACACAUGCCAAGAUUCGAGAGCUUGGUUCUCUCCCUCCCAAGUGUCUAACACUCACAACUGCAUCAUGAUCAAAAUAGGGGUCUGUUUCCCUUCUUAUAUUGCCUAAGUUAUGUAACUGUUCUUUAUUGGACAACAUUUAUCUUGCUUUAUUGGUGCCCCUUCCUCUUAUAAGUAUUCUUUAUGAGAGGUUUAACAAUACUCCCCCUAGAAAAGAC